AUGGACGGCGAGUUCAUGAGCGAAUACGGCGCAGCAGACCCCUUCGCCCUGUGGCUGUACUUCCAGCAGGGCGGCAAGGAAGUACAGGGCGACGAGAACAACUCGACCAAGAAGACCCCGCGGCCCGACCAGCUCCGGCUCCAGCUCGCGCCGGCGCCGGCGACCCGCUGCAUGAAGGCCGUGUGGGCGGCGCACGCGAGCCCGGACGACCCCCUGGCGGCGCUCAGGUGCGACAUCGUCCCCGUGCCGGCCCUGCCUGUACCCAUGCCCAUGGGCGGCAGCAGCGCCGGUCGGUGGGUCCGGGUCCGCGUGACAAGGACGUCGCUCAACCGGCGCGACGUCGCGGCGCUGCGGGGGCACGCCGGCGUCGGCGCGUUCCCUGUCGGGCUCGGCUGCGAGGCCGUCGGCAGGCUCGAGGACGGGGCCGAGGUCCUGGUCUACCCGGUCAUAAGCGACGCCGCGGCGGUGGCAGCAGCGGCGGUGGCGGCGGCGGCGGCGGCGGCGAGGGAGACGGUAACGUCGACGGCAACGGCAUCGGCGGCGACCUCCUUCUGCGACGAUGAUGACGACGAUGACGGUGAGGGUGGUGGUGGCGGUGGCGGGCACAACGGCGUGACGACGGGCACGCGGCGGCUGCACGUCUUGGGCAGGCACAUGCACGGCCUGAUGGCCGAGUAUGCGGUCGUACCGGCGGCGAACCUGGUGCCGAAGCCGCUGUGCAUGCCGGUCAACACGGCGGCGGUGCUCGGGUGCGCGUGGCUGGUCGCGUACCGGAUGCUGUUCACGCUGUCGGGCCUGCCGGGGACAUUUGGGGGGCGGGUGGUGCGGAGGCGGGAGCGGGAGGAGCAGGGUCAGGCUCAGGCUCAGGCUCAGGCUCAGGGCGGACGGCGGAUGCUGGUGCAGGGGUCCAGCGGCGGGGUGGCGACGGCGCUGGUGCAGAUGGGCGCGGCGGCGGGGAUGCAGGUGUGGGCGACGGGGCGGACGGAGGAGAAGAGGGCGCUGGCGCUGCGGCUCGGGGCCGAGCGGGCCUUCGCGCCGGACGAGGAGAUCCCGCUGAGGGCGCACGCCGUGUUCAGCCUGUGCGGGGCGGCGACGUGGGCGCAGGCGGUGGACUCGGUCGAGGACGGAGGCGCCAUCGUCCUGUGCGGCGACCACGGGGGCGGGCGCGCGGAGAUGGACUUGGCCGGGCUGAUCUCCAGGGGAGUCGCCGUCCGGGGGGCCGGCAUGGCCACGAUGGAGGAGUUCAGGGAGCUGGUGGGCUUCGUGGCAGAGCACAGGAUACGUCCGCUCAUCGACAGCGUCGUCCCGUUAGAUAGUGGCGUGAGACAGGGGCUUGAGAGGUUCAUGGCGGGAAAGGUCAGGGGGAAGCUUGUCGUCUCCCUGUGA